AUGAUUCCUUUCUCAGUCAAAGUAAAAAACCUAGCCGUGUUCCUACAAUCAGUAAAUGGUCAGCAGCACUUGUGUAACCCAACGUUGUUGGAGGAGCUUGUGGGUAAGCUACCCAUGAGCAAGAAACUCGAUUGGGCAAAAACCUCAUCGACGAUACAGCCAUAUCCUACAAUCAAAGAUUUCAGUACUUGGCUUAGUGGAGUGGCCGAUCUAAUAUGCACAGUACAAGAUAGUGGGCGGACUCAUUCGACCGAACCAAAGCGCCGCGUCCUUCUACAAACCGCAAACAACGCCAGAAAAAUCCUAUGUCCACUGUGCCAUGUUGGACACCACAUCUUCGAUUGUGACACGUUCAAUUCGCUAAGCAUCCGUGACAGAUGGAGCAAAGCCAAGCUCCUUCGCUUAUGUUUCUCUUGUCUUCAGGGUGGUCAUACCACAAGAGAUUGUCGCCGACGGAAAACCUGCAGAACGAACGGUUGUCAAAGAGUACAUAACAAACUGUUACACGAGCCACCGAGGAGCUUGUCAAAGAUGCAACGGGUUGAGAUUCCAUCUGGACCAACCACAGCCGAUGCAGUACUCAGUUGUGCAGAUAGUGGAAUGAAAAAACAAAAAGUGUUGUUUAGAAUAGUUCCAGUUACAGUGCAUAGCCACAAAGCUCGUAUCAAGACCUUCGCUCUACUGGAUGAAGGAUCAUCGAUAACUAUGGCCGAUUUUUCUUUGAUUGAGCAGCUCGGAGUAAAGGGUCACCAAAGCCGAGUAUCCUUACAAUGGUUGGGUGGAAGAGCUGCUACUGAUAAUGCAACUAUCGUCGACAUCGAGAUUAGUGGUUCCAGUUCAGGCCAGAAAUAUAAGUUGCAUCAUGUCUACGGCAUCCAGGAUUUACAACUUCCGAUACAAAGUUUACAGAAAGCUGACGUAGAUGAAGCUUGCUUGAAAAGGUUGCCUAUUCAAACAUACGACAACGUUCCAAAGUUGCUUAUUGGAUUAGACCACAGUCACUUGGGAAUCCCUAGUGAAAUCGAAACCCUACAAUAUAAUGGUCCUUAUGCCGCACGUACUAAGUUAGGUUGGGUCGUCUUCGGGCCGACUGAUAACUUUAAUCAAGGGAAGACGUCGUGUUUGCAUAUGUCCGUCUCGGAAGAUAAAUAUCUGCAUGAUGUGGUGGCCGAUUACUUUAGUGUCGAGAGCUUCGGUGUACGUCCAGCACCACUCGUCGAGCCCGACGAUGAUAAGAGAGCGCGUCAGAUACUCGAGUCCACGGUCACGAAGGUUAACGGACGUUUCCAAGCCGGUCUCCUGUGGAAACGAGAUAAUGUUCAGCUCCCCGACAGCUACUCCAUGGCCGAGAGAAGACUGGUCGGAAUCGAGCGUAAGAUGAGGCGAGACGAAACAUUUGCCCGAGAGUAUCGUGCUAUCAUUCGGGAUUAUGUUAAUAAUAAUUAUGCCAGAAGGUUGAGCCCGGAAGAAGCUGCAAUUACUUGUCGAAGAACAUGGUACCUUCCACACUUCGGUGUGAUGAAUGUCAAUAAGCCUGGUAAACUGCGCCUAGUGUUUGAUGCCGCCGCAACCGUCAACGGUUGUUCACUAAACAGUUACCUGCUAAAGGGUCCUCAACAAUAUCAACCAAUGCCGACAGUACUUUUUAAUUUUCGUGUUGGCGCAAUUGCCAUCGCCGCCGAUAUUAAGGAGAUGUUUCACCAAAUUUCUAUAAGAGAAGAAGAUAGAAGUGCCCAAAGGUUUCUUUGGAGGGACGGUAACGAGAAGAUUCGUCCGGACGUAUACGAAAUGUUGGUGAUGACAUUUGGAGCCGCAUGCUCGCCUUGCACGGCCCAGUAUGUCAAAAAUAUUAACGCACUUGAGUACCGCGAAAGCUGUCCAAGAGCCUACGACUCUAUCACAAAGCAUCACUAUGUUGAUGACUUCGUGGAUAGUUUCGACAACGUUAAAGAAGCCAUUGAAAUAGCCAAUGAAGUCAGACUUAUUCACAAGAAUGCCGGGUUUGAACUACGCAACUUUUCUUCGAAUUCCCUAGAAGCCAAAAUCGCACUGAAUGGUUAUAAACCGGAACAACUGACAAAUAGCCUAGUCACAUUAGCAGUAGAACGCGUUCUUGGAAUGUAUUGGCAACCAAGUAGCGACGUACUUAGUUACACACUCAAAUUUAACAACGUGGACGCUGAAGUCAUCAGUGGACACAAACGGCCGUCGAAAAGGGAGCUACUAAGCAUAGUCAUGUCAGUAUUUGAUCCGCAUGGGUUUUUAUCCAAAUUUAUGGUCAACGCAAAAUUGUUGGUGCGCGAAUCGUGGCGUUACGAAUUGCGGUGGGAUGAGCCUCUGCCUGAACCUAUAUGUAAAGAGUGGGACAAGUGGCGCCGUCAGUUGAAAAAUGUAUUGAAUUUUCGAGUCCCUCGCCACUAUUUUGCUCGUGGACCACCUGCCGAAGUGCAACUUCACAUCUUCGUAGAUGCCAGUGAGGAUGUAUUUGCAGCUGUAGCCUACUGGAGAGCAACAUAUUCAGAUAACAAAGUUUGCGUCGUACUCGUAUGUGCCAAAACGAGGUGUGCUCCACUGAAACCAAUGACUAUUCCACGCCUUGAAUUGCAGGCAGCCGUCUUAGGAACUCGACUGCUAGAGACUAUCGCCAAAGAUCAUUCAGUUGAAAUCAAAAAACGCGUGAUGUGGAGCGAUUCCAAACAGUUCUGA